AUGAGCUACGGUAUCAAGCCUGAUGUGACAUCAUUGGAUGAUGAUCUUAAAGAAUCAAGAAGUAAGAAGUUCAACAAACAUGAUAUAACAGAAAUAAAGAGAUGGAUUUAUGCUAUUAUUGAAGAACAAUCACCUGACGACAGUCUUUUGGAUGCAUUAAAAGAUGGUACUGUGCUAUGUAAGCUUGCUAAUAGACUCUUAAAAGAAGAAACAGGAGUGUCCGAUUCAAUGAAAUGGAAAAGUUCAAGAAUUGCGUUUGUUCAAAUGGAACAAAUAAGUAUGUUCUUACAGUUCGCAACUAAGUACGGAGUUCCACAAGAUGAACUUUUCCAGACUGUUGAUCUCUAUGAGGAAAAAGACCCAGCAAUUGUCUACCAAACCAUUAAGUCAUUAUCCAGAUAUGCAAAUUCCAAACACCCUGACCUGUUCCCAGUAAUAGGUCCACAAUUAUCAACAAAAAGGCCGAGACCACCUGUGAAAGGAAAACCAUCGCACUUAAAGAAUGUUGGAUGGAGUACUGUAGAAUAUGGUUACAUGAAGGGCGCAAACCAAUCCACCGAGGGUAUUGUUUUCGGAAAUAAACGUGAUAUAACAAUGAAUUGA